CUCCUUCCUUCCGCUUCUCUAUGGUGCGCGAGCCGCCGGAAGCGGCUCGCUGGCCGGGACAGGUCGGGGUGCAGUGUGGUGCUUAACAUUAUUAACCACUCGUGUACCAUCUAAAGCCCUGCUCUCAGAUCAUCUUCAUCGCCUGCCCCAGUGGAGCGCCUCCUGCAUUAAUGUCCACAACCACCUCUGAGGUCUCUGCUGUUUCCUCCUGACCUCACCAAACAACCAUGUCAUCGGAAUCAAGCAAAAAACGAAAGCCCAAAGUGAUCCGAAGUGAUGGAGCUCCAGCUGAAGGGAAGCGUAAUCGUUCUGACACUGAACAGGAAGGUAAAUACUACAGCGAGGAGGCUGAGGUGGACCUGCGGGACCCUGGCAGAGACUAUGAGCUGUACAAGUACACGUGCCAAGAGUUGCAGAGGCUCAUGGCCGAGAUCCAGGACCUGAAGAGCAGGGGAGGCAAGGAUGCGGCAGUUGAGAUCGAAGAUCGGAGGAUCCAGAGCUGUGUGCAUUUCAUGACUCUAAAAAAGCUUAACCGAUUAGCCCACAUCAGGUUGAAGAAAGGAAGAGAUCAGACUCAUGAGGCCAAGCAGAAAGUGGACGCCUAUCACCUGCAGCUCCAGAACCUGUUGUAUGAGGUGAUGCACCUGCAGAAGGAGAUCACCAAAUGUCUGGAGUUUAAGUCAAAGCACGAAGAAAUCGAUCUGGUCAGCUUAGAGGAGUUUUAUAAGGAGGCUCCUCCAGAUAUCAGCAAGGCGGAAGUCACAAUGGGAGACCCUCACCAGCAAACCCUUGCACGUCUGGACUGGGAGCUGGAGCAGCGGAAAAGGCUGGCGGAGAAGUACCGAGAGUGCCUGUCCAACAAGGAGAAGAUCCUUAAGGAGAUUGAAGUAAAGAAGGAGUACCUGAGUAGCCUCCAGCCUCGUCUCAACAGCAUCAUGCAGGCUUCCCUACCGGUGCAGGAGUACCUGUUUAUGCCCUUCGACCAAGCUCACAAGCAGUAUGAGACAGCCCGACACCUACCACCUCCCCUCUAUGUCCUCUUUGUCCAGACCACUGCGUAUGGGCAAGCCUGUGCUCAUAUGAAAUCCUCCCAGCCCCCUAGACAGGAUAAGACGCUGUCUGUGGCGAUUGAAGGCAGCGUGGAUGAGGCCAAGGCUCUGUUCAAGCCUCCCGAGGACUCCCAAGAUGACGAGAGUGACUCAGAUGCUGAGGAGGAGCAGACCACGAAACGCCGGCGACCCACACUGGGAGUUCAGCUGGACGACAAGCGCAAGGAGAUGCUGAAGAGGCACCCGCUGUCCGUCAUGCUGGACCUGAAGUGCAAAGAUGACAGUGUACUGCACCUGACUUUCUACUACCUCAUGAACCUCAACAUCAUGACGGUAAAAGCCAAAGUGACAACCGCCACAGAACUGAUCACCCCCAUCAGUGCAGGUGACUUGCUGUCUCCUGACUCAGUCCUGAGCUGUUUGUAUCCUGGGGAUCAUGGAAAGAAAACUCCAAAUCCAGCCAAUCAGUAUCAGUUUGAUAAAGUUGGCAUCCUGACUUUGAGGGACUACGUACUUGACUUAGGGCAUCCCUAUUUGUGGGUGCAGAAGCUGGGUGGCCUCCACUUCCCCAAAGAGCAGCCCCAGCACACUGUGAUCGCUGACCACUCGCUGAGCGCCAGCCACAUGGAGACUACCAUGAAACUGCUGAAGACCAGGGUGCAGUCCCGCCUGGCCCUCCACAAGCAGUUUGCCUCCCUGGAACAUGGCAUUGUGCCAGUUACCAGCGACUGCCAGUACCUCUUCCCUGCAAAGGUUGUCUCUCGUCUGGUGAAGUGGGUGACGAUUGCCCAUGAGGAUUAUACGGAGCUGCAUUUUACCAAAGACAUCGUGGAGGCGGGACUGGCUGGGGACACCAAUCUCUACUAUAUGGCACUCGUGGAAAGGGGCACAGCUAAGCUCCAGGCUGCCGUGGUGCUGAACCCUGGCUACUCCUCCAUCCCACCCAUUUUCCAGCUCUGUCUGAACUGGAAAGGGGAGAAAACCAACAACAACGACGACAAUAUUCGGGCCAUGGAGAGUGAGGUCAACGUGUGCUACAAGGAGCUGUGUGGCCCCCAGCCCAGCCACCAGCUCUUGACAAACCAGCUGCAGCGCCUGUGCGUGCUGCUGGACGUCUACCUGGAGACGGAGAGCCACGAUGACAGCGUGGAGGGGCCCAAGGAAUUUCCCCAGGAGAAAAUGUGUCUGCGGCUUUUCAGGGGCCCCAGCAGGAUGAAGCCGUUUAAAUAUAACCAUCCGCAAGGAUUCUUCAGCCAUCGCUGACCUCCCACUCGGCCUGUUGUUUCCCCCCAGACCCAACUGCUGCGCGUCUGCUUUCUGCUCCGGCGCACAUGUAGCUCUUGAUAGUCUCCAAAGACAGGUUUUCUAUUUCUAGCCUAUUAAAGUGUCACCUGACCAUG